AUGGGUAAACCGCACGUUCUGGUCAGUGGGGCCGGCAUUGCAGGGCCAACGGUGGCCUUUUGGCUAUAUCGAGCGGGAUUUACCGUCACGGUUGUGGAACGAUCAACCAAGCUGCGUGCAUCAGGGCAGAACAUCGACAUUCGUGGCCAUGGGUUGACCAUCAUCGAGCGCAUGGAUCUACAGGACGAAGUGAGGGCGAAGAAGACGAAUGAAAAGGGUUUGAGAUUCGUUGAUGCACAGGACCGAGGUCGAGCUGAAUUUCCAGUUGGCGAUGGCAAGGGUUUUACUGGGGAGAUCGAAAUCAUGCGCGGUGACCUCGCCAUUAUCCUGUACGAGGCCACCAAGAAGGAUGUGGAAUAUGUCUUCGGCGAUUAUGUCAAGGGAUAUAAGGAGUCGGGCCAUGGUCUGGAGGUCGAGUUCACCCACGGGCACCCAACAAGGAAGUUCGACCUCUUGAUUGCAGCCGACGGCUGGUCUUCUAAAACAAGAAGAAUUGCAUUCCCAGACAUCAACGACAGCUGUGUCAAGCCACUUGGGCAGUGGGGAGCAUGGUUUUCUCUGCCCCGGCAACCUUCUGAUAGCGGAUGGGCAAGAUGGUAUAACGCGCCCAAGAGUCGAAUGUUGCUGGUGCGACCGGACAACGAAAAUGUGACUCGGGCAUCGAUGUGGAUAAUGCACGACGACAGACGAUUCAAACAAGCCCAACAAGAGACCGAGAGGGAACAAAAGGCCUUGUUGAAUGAUCUUUUUGGCGACGCAGGAUGGGAAACAGACCGGCUUUUAAAGGGGAUGCAAGAUGCCGAUGAUUUCUACAUUCAGCAAAUUGCACAAAUCAAGCUGGAGACCUGGUCAAGAGGCCGAGUCGUUCUGGUGGGCGAUGCAGCAUACUGCCCGACUCCAAUCUCUGGGAUGGGAACAACCGUCGCGCUUGCUGGAGCAUACGUUCUUGCUGGAGAGAUUGUGCACCACUGGCCAGACUAUACCGCCGGCUUUGAGGCAUACGAAAAAAAGAUGGGGCCGUUCGUAGCUAAAGCACAGAAACUUGCCCCUGGAGCACCGGGACUCGCAAAUCCACAGACUCAACGGGGAAUUUCCAUAUUAUAUUUCUUGCUUGCUGUGGUGGCUUGGAUCCGUUUGCACAAGAUCAUGGGAGCCUCCUUCAGCCCACCUGCCACAGCAAUGGACCUGCCGGACUAUGGAACCUUUCGUAGGUAA